UCAGUGAACAGCGCUUCUCUCAUGCUAUUAUGCUAACGUAGACUCUCGUAGCUUUUGCAUAUUAUUUUUUUGGUGUUUAUUUGUUGGUUUGACGCUCUUGUUUUGUCUGGAGAAGGCUGUGGUUGCGCAUUUCUGCCGUUUGGAUUCGUCCAUUUUCGCUGCUGCGGUCUUCGUGGGAGCGCUGAUCUCAUCCAAGCGACGUUAAGACCUCCCAGCUUUGACAGAUAAGAGUCUUAUUUUAACGCGUUACAUAAGCAGGUGACUUGCGCGACAGGUGAGGUUCAGGAGGUAUUUUUAAGUAAUUUUAUUGUGUUGAAGACCAGUCCGUGUUCAUGCCAGAUCUGCAGCGCUUUAGGUUUUCAUACCAUAGCAUGAAUCCUUUGUUGGGGGCCAAUCUCCAACAACAUCCGCAUCAUCAGCUCCACAGCCCCGGACACCCCGACUCUCCAUCAGGACUGCUGCCCGACGCCCUCCUCCCUGGGGCGGACCUUCUGGGUGAGCAGUCCGGCUCCGGGCCCACCUCGCAGACCUCUCCCUUCCUCCAUCACCUCUCCUCCGGACACUACCAGCACCGGGCCGCUCCCCCUCCUCCUCCUCCCGCCGCCAUGGCUCUCCGGAACGACCUCGGCUCCAACAUCAGCGUGCUCAAAACUCUCAACCUGAGAUUUCGUUGCUUUUUGGCCAAAGUGCAUGAGCUAGAGCGAAGGAAUAAGAUUUUAGAAAAGCAGCUGCAGCAGGCGUUGGAUGCAAACAAAACGUGCCAAAACUGUGAUCAAACCAGGGGCCCCACGCAGGAGGUCAGUGUGCAGACCGGGUUUGUUGGUGCAAUUCCGCUCAGGCCGGGAUCCCUGCCUUUCCACAACACCAACAACUCAGCCCGGCGUCCCACCUCUCUCUUCAGCCCUCCCGGAGACUCCCACAGCGGUAACCCGUCCAUCACCAUCAGCCACGCGUCUCCCUGUGUGGACUCCCCCGGUUCUACUGUCCCCAGCAGCACCACCACCACCGGGACGUCCACCAACCCCCCUCCGCGCUUCCUCCCCGGCACCAUCUGGUCCUACAACCACGCGCGAAGGUUUGGGCCCGGGGCGGAGAGACUGACCAGCCCCGGUGUGUCCUGGGUGCACCCGGAUGGAGUCGGGGUGCAGAUCGACACCAUCACGCCGGAGAUCAGGGCGCUGUACAACGUGCUGGCCAAAGUCAAGAGGGAGAGGGACGAGUACAAGCGCAGGUGGGAGGAGGAGAGCACCGUGAGGAUGGACCUGCAGCAGAAGAUUUCAGACCUUCAGGAGGACUUGCAGGAGAGCGAGGGCUGUCAGGACGAGCUGGCUCUCCGAGUGCAGCAGCUGAAAGCAGAGCUGGUCCUGUUCAAAGGCCUCAUGAGCAACAAUCUGUCGGAGUUGGACAGUAAGAUCCAGGAGAAGGCCAUGAAGGUGGACAUGGACAUCUGCCGCCGCAUUGAGAUCACCACCCGCCUGUGUGACGUGGCUCAGCAGAGGAACUGUGAGGACGUCAUACAGAUGUACCAGGUUCCAAACAACCAGCUGAAUAUCCGUCGUAAGCCCACUCCUCUGUCGUACAACGGGAGUGAGUGUGAUGAGCCGGUCAGCACCUCGGAGAGCGAUGGGGGCGUGGCCAAAGAGGAGGAGCCUCACUGCGGCUCCUCGGCCAAUCAGAUCAACGAGGAGAUGCAGAAGAUGCUCAACCAACUGCGUGAGUGUGAGUUUGAGGACGACUGUGACAGUUUGGCCUGGGAGGAGACUGAGGAGACUCUGCUGCUCUGGGAGGAUUUCCCAGGAUGCACUCUGCCUCCGGAUCCAGCCCACCCACCAGGAGAGGAGGACUGCCUGGAGAAGGUGAUUAAUGACACAGAGUGUUUGUUUAAGUCCAGAGAGAAGGAGUACCAAGAGACCAUCGACCAGAUUGAGCUUGAACUGGCCACAGCCAAGAGUGACAUGAACCGACACCUGCACGAGUACAUGGAGAUGUGCUCCAUGAAGAGAGGCCUGGAUGUGCAGAUGGAGACCUGCAGGAGGCUCAUCACACAGAGCGGAGACAGUAACACCACGGGCCCUGUGUCCUCUGACGACAGCGAUCAGAACAACAGCGACCGCUCGUCCGCCUCUCCCUCCUCCACCUCGGGAAAAUCCUGACACCUCCUCAUCACCAAAGCAGGACUGUCCUCUCACCUCCACUACCGUAAUGCACCAAACGCAAGAGACACCGGAAACUAAGAUUACAUGGCUACGUUCACACACACGACACAUAUCAAUUGGGACUAAACCCGGAGCUAAAACUGGACUGGACCAGGACUAAACCAGGACCAAACGAAGUCUUUAACAGGACUCAACUGGGAUCAAACUAGAACUGGUGUGAACGCAAUCUUGAAGGUGGUUUUCUCGAGAUUGGUCCACCACCUGAAUGACCAUGGAGAUGUUAUUGCUUUGCUCAAAUGUUCCACAGUGCAGCAUUAAACUUAUCAACCUUGUAUUCUUCUAAUUUAAGAUGUUUUUAUUUCUCAAAAGUAUCUCUAAAAACAUGGAUCUGAACUGUAACUUGGCCUGCUUGUGUCCAUGAAAAUACACAACAUUUCAGGCAAAGCAGUAAAAUCUCCACGGAGACAAACAAGUGAUGCACCUUCUCCCAGAAAAGUUACACACUGCACCUUUAAGCAUCACCUCUUUAAAAUAUCAGAAGUGGUUGGAGUGGUCAGGAGAGGAGGGUACAGUUUCUGAAUUUGUCGCUAAACUUACACAGUCCUUGAGUUAUUGAUUGCGACCACUCUGGUGCUCCCCUGUGGCGUCGAGACUAUAAAAUAUAAAUAAGUCCAAUUCUGUGAAAAAUAAUACGAGCUCUUGUUGUGGCGUGAACAAGAGGAAACCGAUGUCAUGAUGUAGUUUAAUGGCCUUAACACGUUUGCUUCUGCGCGUUCAUUGUCUUAAACAGGUCAAUACAAAGUGCGCGAUUUUGCACUAAAAUAAUUGUUGCAAAAAAGUGACUGAAUGAGCAGGCUGUCCAUGUGUCAUUCGCUGAGGUAAAAUAUUGUUUAGUACUACACAUGAUACACUGUACCUACUUCAGGAUGUACAAGACUUUAGUAAUGUCCUGUAAUAACAUUUAUAGUGUGUAACUAUAAAGAUGUAACACCCUUUAACCCUAAACCAGUGGCUCUCAAACCUUUCACACCAAAGAGUACCACGAGCUCUAAACCAGGUCUACAACAGGAAUAUUCCAGGUCAAAUCUAGGGCUAACCAGGUCUAAAAGUGGAUUAUGUCAUUUCCACUAAACCAGGUGUGUCAAACUCAAAUUCACAGAGGCCAAAAUUAAAAACUGGGACUAAGUCAUGGGCCAAAUUAAAUAUUUAUUGAAAAAUUUCAACAACAUCUGCAUGUUUUCUCUUCUUUUGAGAUAUGUAAUGUUAAACCUUUUCUUAUUAAAAUAAAUGUUUAAUAAUAGUUUUGUUUAAACACUGAAUCCAGAACAAGCAUAAUAUAAAAAAUAAUAACACAAUUUUAAAUAAAUAAUGUCUCUAUAGUCUAUCUGUACAAGGUGGGGAACCUCUAAUGCAUAUUUGAUAUGAUCUCAUGGGCCAAAUAUAAUUAUAUCGUGGGCCAAAUUUACUAAACUCUAGUGUAGUACCUGAAACUUGUUUACCACAGUUUGAGGAAAAACUCCCCUGAACCAUAAUUACAAUGUAAUUACAUGUCAUUACACGGUAUGUACAAUUCAGGAUGCACAAUAUAAAAAAUAAUAAUAUUAACUGUGAUUAGAUUUGAGAUAUAUGUUUUAAAAAGAAGGUCAAAGAACUCUAGAAACGUUAUCUUUAGAGAAAAGACAGAUAACCUAAUGCAAGAUACCCAAGAAUUUCAGAACUUGUUUGUAGAGAUUUACAUCUACAACAACACUUUUCUCUUGACAUUUCUAUUGCAAUAACUUGUGCAGUCCUGUACAUGCAAUAGUAGUAGGCAGGUAGGUCAUGUAUCACGGGGUAGUAAGAAAUAAAGCUCUUUUUUUCUUUAAAAACAUAUAUUUGUAAAUAACACAGAUUAUAAUGUACAGCCAGUGUAAAUAUUUCAUACAUUUACAGCCACAAAUACUAAGUUAUUGCUUUAGAUCUACCAGACCUUUAUUUGACUUUGUCGUACAUUUGCAUCGAGGAAGGACAGAAGAAGCUUAACCCCCUUGAAAAUUGACAUACAAGUCCAAAAAACUGAGCUAAAGUUUACUGUAGACAAGCACCAGAAAAGUCACACAGUGCAUCUUUAAGAGAAAUGGCAGAGCUCCGAUCAGCUGCGGCCAACCCUCAGAGUUAUCAGUUAUCAGAGUUUAUUUUUAGACGUAAAAGCUUUUUGGUGAGACCAGGACCUAAAUAUGAACUGUACAGAGCUCAGUGAUAUCAGACAUAUAAUAACCCAGUUGUACAGUUAAAUGAAUUAGCCACAUUUUAGUGCCAAAAACAAGAUCCACUGGCUAAUUUAAGAAUGAUCACUACCGCUGCCCGAGCUGUUUCACCAAGGUGCUUGAUGUAAAUAAUGAAAUCUGUUGUUGAGCUUGUAAAUAAUCGCUUAGGAAUAUAAACUAGAUGAAAAAUAGAAAAGUACCCUGCAAAAAAAGGAAAAUUAUGAUCUAAAAUGAUUUGAAUAUUACAAUCUUUGACCAAGCUUUGAGCAAUUUAAACUAGUAUAUUUGACUUUCCUGAUUGGCCGAAUUUUUCCCCAGUUUUGUCAAGAUUCAUUCAAAUCAAAAUCAGUCAAAAGUACUCAAAAAAGAUGAUGAAAACAAGUCAUUUUAAUUCAGGUUGACCUUAUUUUUGCUGUGUACAAUGUAUGGAUUCUGUAUAAACUCCUGAUGUACAUGAAAUACGUUGUGUGAAGAGAGACGGAUCAUGUAGAGCUUUGAAAUGGUGCAUGCGCUGCUUUUGGAUCAUUAGACCCAAAUGUUUAGCUUGAGAGGGAGUUUUGGGAGCACUUCUACACCGUAAAAAUGUAUCUGUGCAAAAGUUAAAAGUGACUUGAAUGAAAAAUAUGAAUCUUGAGUAAUUUGAGUAAAAUAUGAAUCUUGAGGAAUCUUGAGUAAAAUAUUAAACUUGAGUAGUUUUUUUUUCCAGUUUCUGGAUAUUCCUAAAUAUUUUUGAUUUACUUGUUUUCAAUGCAAAAUGAUCUGUAAAUCCAAAUACCAACAAAGUGCGUUCUCACUGAAUUACCUGAAAGCAAAUUCAAUCUUGGCAUUGGCAGAUCAUUUUACCAUUGAAACAAGUACCAAGUAUCUGUAUCCACAAAUUUAAAGCUACCAUCUUUAAUUAAUUAGACUUUACGACUGAGCUAUGUCAUAUUUUAAUACAACACCAUGUGAUAUCAUGAGUUUUUGGUUGUUGAAUAAGAAAAGAGGUGAGAACCACAACCACAUUUUUCGAAGGUUGAAUACAAACACAUACACAGCUCUGGCUCUACUGCCGACAUGCAACGACAGAGAGACUCAGUGUCAGGAACAGACAGUUUUUAUACACUGUGGUGGGCAACAGGUGUGAGGCUCAUGUCAAACCAUAGACAGAGAUCUCCAACCUUUUUCCUUUGUGUGAGCUCCUUUACAAACAAAAAUGCCAGAGAGCUACUCAAUUUAGCGGCUGCAAGAAAUCGAGACGAUUAUAAGAAAGAUUGUCCAUUGUCCAUUUAUUAGUGCACAAAGUUGGGCUUCAAAAUGACAUAAUUACUGUAGUAAUAGGCAUGUAAUUAACCGCAUUUUUGUUAUUCAGUACAAUGGUCUAAUUCAGAAAUCCCUUGGCGAGCUACUUGGAAUGGGCUGGAGAGCUACUGGUAGCUCCCGAGCUACAGGUUGGAGACCCCUGCCAUAGACUGUAUAAAAGAAGUGGACUAAGCGAGUGUGACGUCUCCCACAGCGUUCAGCGCCGCUCAAAUGAUGCUCACGAUGCUCACGAUCACAGGAGCGAAUCUGGAACGAGGCUCUAUGUUAUGAAUAGGAUUUUUUUGACAGACAAAAUAGCGAAAAAUCAUGUAGAGCGGGUUAAUACGAAUAUUUUACGACCACAAUGACGAGGCUCACUGCUGCAGUUGGCGACAGUAUCCUAAUGUAAGUCAAUUGGAGCCAGAGUCAGAAGGAGCCGGAAGAGCCUCCUGGCGAACUUCCUAUUUGGCACACGGCGGCUGGAGUUAGUUAUGUCCACUCAUAUACAGUCUAUGUGUCAAACAGAGUGAUCAAAACAUGGUCAGGCAACAACUGUAGUCGUAAAAGUGACUGUGAAACCUUAAUUUUAGCAACAACAAAUGGUCGAUUGGGGUCCUUAAACAUUUCUUAACGUAAUUUUUGGAAAUAACAGAGUUUUUCUCAUACUCCUUAUCUUUUUAUCUAUCUAUUUGUUUAUCUGUCUGUCUAUUUAUUUAUCUGUGUACUUCUGUCUGAGCGUGAGGGGAACAGCUUUCACAUCUGCCAACAAAAACCCCAAAAACUUACGAAUGGCAGCUUUGACUCAAGAUUACUCAACUCAAGAUCAGUUUUCAAGUUGAUUUAACUGAUGCACAGGUAUUAUUUUUGUGUGUAUCUGUAUAGUCUUUAUGCACUAGGUGAAUCUAAUGUAAGCAUGUACCGGGGCGUGUGUUUGGGGUGUAGAUGAUUUAAUUAAGACUUGAAAUGUAUAAUGUAUUAAACAAUUAUCUCAAAUACUUUCACUGCAAAAAAUAAAUAUUCACAUGAGUUGAAAUUACUUAAAGAAUGUAAGUUAGUAGUUUGUUGAUUUAACUUGAGUUAGGAUGUCAUUAUUUUAAGGAAAGCUUGCAAAAUGAGUAAAAUUAUUGUAGUUUAUUGCAGUUUUCUUACUCCAAAUGAUAAUUGUGCUUCAUCAUGUUGUAAUUUUAACUCAGAUAUUUAUUCUUUGCAGUGCUUUUUUUCUGUGAUUCUGGUUUUAUGUUCUAUUAACCAGCCAUUCUUCACUAAUACAGCUCUAACAAUGUUCACUUGGUGUCAGUAACACAGGAAAUGCAAACGCUUCAGCAGUGAUAAAACAAUAUAAUAUGACAUCAUCUAGUUUGUCAUGAACUCAACACGUAACUGGUUUUCAAUGUUCACCGGAUCCACGCAGUUUCAAAUGAUGGUUAUUUGUGUUUUAAACUUUUGUUACAGCUUUGAUGCUUUCUGUCAUAUAGAGCGUAGGCUAUUGUUGUUCCUUUAGAGCAGGGGUGUCCAAACUUUGAAGACGUCUGGAAUCUCCGUCUGUCUAAACUAAAAGCUAAUCUGGAAAUGACUAAACAGCAAAAUGAAAACGUCAACGCGUAGCUCAGUCUUGGUGCUGUCUUGAUGUUUUGAAACUUUUCUCUGUUGGCUCGUCCAUUUCGUUAAUAAAUGAACAUGAUGUGACGCUGUUGGACUUGAAGAAAAAGGCUCGUUCGAGGGUAGAAUUUCCAAAGUCUGGUUUUCCAGGCUUGUCCAAACUAGUCUGGGGACAGUUUGAAUAAUUUAGUUUGACCAUUACCCCUUGCCCAUGGAGUAUUUCAAAGCAAAGUGCGUGUGACAGGUUUUUAUGACUCUCUAAUUCUCUAAUUCCUACUUAAUUCGGAGGGAUAAUAACUGUUGUAAAUAUAAAUUUUACUUCAAGAAUAUAAAAGAAGGAGAGAAUGAGAACGUUGCACAUUAAUUACUUGAAAUGCGUGCGUUGGAGGAGAGGGAUCAGCCCAAAAACAGAGCGAAAUCGGGCAAAAAACAACAACAUUUCGGCACUAGGAAACGUUGCAAGUAAGACGGUGUGCAGGAUUUUUCUCUAUGUUCUUCGGCUAUUCCGAUCAAGAAGAAAUUUGUGAAGAAAAGUAAAAAAAUAUGCUGAAAAUUAUAGAAAGUAGAGUUCUAACAAAAUGAUGAGAGAAUUCUAUCUAAAGGUUUGGAGUAAUUUACAUUUCAACAAAAUUAUGGUGUUUUAUUUUAUUUUAUGUUGUCAAAUAAUAAUCUCUGUGUAUGAGGACAAUUUUAGUUGCCACCUAACAGUUAUGAAAUUCCAUAGUGUGAUGCCAUGAUUUCCAAACAAGAAGUAAGAUGCAAAAAUAUUGACAAACUGGAAAAAAGUAUCCGUUAGACCAAAUUAUGAUACUUGUACGUACUAUAUUACACUAUAAAAGAUGUUAUGUAACAACUUGAAACAGUGUAGGACCUGUUAGUAGUAAAUGAGUCCAAAUCAAAUCAAAAUUCAUGUUCUGAUUUCAAAUAAUAGAUUUUCAUUUCCUUAUAUUUUGGUUUUUCGCAGAGUCGCCAUCACGUGACCUAAAUAUGACCCACACGUGACCCUCCUCAUGUAUUUUUACACUUGCAUAAAAGAGUUUGGACACCUCUGUUUUAGAGUUUGCAUAAAUGAAUGUUGCUUCUUUGUAAAGGGACAGAAACAGUGGGUCAUUUUCAUGUCCUUUACAAGAACUUGAACUAAGAUGUAAUGUAAAAAAGUGCAGGUUAAACUGUAUAUUGAAUGAGGAAAGAUAAUAAAG